AUGGCCUCCACAGUUGGACUCGUCGCCGGCGCUGCCGUCGCAGCAUUUCUUGGUCGCGCAGGCUACGUUGCAUUGAGGAGGUCUCGUGGUGGCGUGGGCGCCAUGGGCAAGGCAUUUUACAAGGGCGGUUUCGAGAACAAGAUGAACCAGAAAGAAGCCUCUCUGAUUCUAUCACUGAACGAGCGGAGCAUCACCAAAGACAAAGUGCGCAAGGCACACCGCACCCUCAUGCUGCUGAACCACCCCGACCGAGGCGGCAGCCCAUACCUUGCCACCAAAAUCAACGAGGCCAAGGAACUACUCGAAAAGCAGGCUUCGUAG